CGGGGCGAUGACUUUCCAGUGGACGGCAGUUGCCGCCUUCCUGUACGGUGAAAUAGGAGUCAUUCUGGUGCUCUGCCUGCCGUUCGUUUCUCCGCUGAGAUGGCAGAAGAUUUUUAUGAUUCCUCUAUGGAGCAAAAUGGCAGUUUUUUGGAACAAGAUGUUCCUUACAAUAAUAGUUUUACUGAUCGUCUUGUUUCUUGAUGCUGUUAGAGAAGUUAGGAAGUACUCUGCCGUUCAUGUGAAUGAGAAGGCUGCAAAUAUCAAUACCAAUGCAUUUGAUCAUAUUCAGAUGAAACUGUUCCGAUCGCAAAGAAACCUCUACCUCUCAGGUUUUUCCUUAUUUCUUUGGCUUGUAUUGAGACGUACUAUUACCCUUCUUACUCAGUUGGCAAAAGGGAUGGCAUCUCACGCAGCUCUGGAAACACAAGUAAAUGAUGCUACUGAAGCAGCCAAAAAAUACAUGGCGGAGAAUGAAAGGCUGCAGGAGGCCUUGAGUGAAAAAGGAAGCAGUAAAAGCAAAGAGUCAGCAGAAGCAACUGAUAAAAAGUUGAAGAAGGAAGUUGAACAUUUGAAAGCCGAACUACAGAAGACGUCAGAUGCUCUCCAGAAGGCAAAUAAUGAAGUGACUGCAGUUAAAAAGCAGUCUGAAGGCCUUAGAAGAGAAUAUGAUCAUCUGAUGAAAGAAUAUGAACAGCUUCAGGACAGUUUAAAUGAAGCAGAAGACAAGAAAGACCUGUAGGUGUAUCAAAGACGGAUGGCAUCGGUGCAGUUGCUUCAAUGUGAAAAGCCGUGUGCUGUUCAAGCUCCUAAUGCAUACCUGAAACAAAACUUGAUUUUUCUGAAAAGCACGUGCACUGCAGGUCACUAUUGAGAUGCCUCUCAUGUAUCUUGGUUGCCAAAAUAUUCUGUGUUGCAAAUAAAAUGUUAAGUGGCUUGCCCGAUUUACCAUGGAGAUUGUCACUGCUCUUGUGAGGAGAAACUUGAAAAUCUUUCAAUUCCAUCUGGAGCAACUUGACUGUUCUCCAAGCUUUUGCC